GCAACUGGUGCGAGUUUAAUGGACAGGGAAGAGAUAUUUGUUUAGGUUAAACGUUAGUUUACAGAACACACACUUUCUUUCGUCAAAUAGUCCGAUCCUUUUUAAAUCGCUAGCAUGCCUUUAUUUGCCCAAAAUCCAUUCGACCAAGAUGUUGAGAAGUCAACCAAUGAAAACAACACAACCGACGACUGGGGGCUCAUUAUGGACAUCUGCGAUAAGAUUGGGACAACAACCAAUGGACCCAAGGACAGCUUGAGAUCCAUCAUGAAGAGAGUCAACCACAAAGUGCCUCAUGUUGCCAUGCAGGCCCUCAAUCUGCUGGGUGCUUGUGUGUCAAACUGUGGAAAAAUAUUCCACUUGGAAAUCUGUUCAAGGGAGUUUGCCAGUGAAGUACGGAGUGUGCUCAGCAGGGCCCACCCUAAGGUGUGUGAAAAGCUAAAGGCUCUGAUGGUGGAGUGGGCGGAAGACUUCCAGAAGGAUCCGCAGCUCAGUCUAAUCGGCGCCACCAUCAAGUCUCUGAAAGAGGAGGGCAUCACUUUCCCCUCCACAUCCUCACAGGGGUCUACCACAAAGGUCAGCACACCUGCUGCGAGCAAAGCACUGGAUGAUGACGACCUGGCCAAAGGUAAAGUGAAAUGCCAUGAUUCAGCUCUACACUCAUCCUUAUCCAUCGAGCUGUCCUUGCAGGAGCAGAAGCAGCAGGCAGAGACACGGCCCCUGACCGUGACCUCCGACCCCCCAAACUACACCAAUGGUGGAGGGGGGCAGGAGGUCCGGAAGGUGCGAGCGCUGUACGACUUUGAAGCGGCCGAAGAUAAUGAGUUGACCUUCAAAACCGGAGAAGUUAUUCUGGUUUUGGAUGACAGCGAUCCAAACUGGUGGAAAGGAGAGAACCACAGAGGAGUGGGACUUUUCCCCUCCAACUUUGUCACAACCAAUCUGAAUGCUGAGCCAGAGACGGUGACUUGUGUUGAAAAGACAGCCACCCCUGAGGAGACAAGCCUGGAACCCAAAGUUGAGCCCGAGCCUGUCUUCAUAGACGAGGGGAAGAUGGACAGGACGUUGGCACUGCUGCAGAAUGCAGACCCUGCAGAUCCGGCUCCGGACUCCCUAGAGCUGCUCCAGCUGGAGGGCGCAUGUGAACAGAUGAACCCGAUGAUUGAUGAGAAGCUGGAGGAGAUUGACAGGAAGCACUCAGAGUUGUCAGAGCUGAAUGUGAAAGUUUUGGAGGCCCUGGAGCUUUACAACAAGCUCAUGAACGAGGCUCCGUUCUACUCGUCCUACUCCAAGAUGCAGCAGCAGUAUGCGCCAGCCGGCUCAGCUGUGGCCAUGCAGGGCUACAUGGGGCCAGCCGGCGCUCCCUAUCUGCCUCCAGCGAUGCCCCAGGUUCCUGCCACACAGCCUUACAAUCUGCCCAGCGACCAGGCCGGACAACUGCAUUCACUGCCCCCCAACGUCUCCGCCCCACCCAACAGCCAAGCUGUUCAACCUCCCUACAUGAGCAGUGCUAUAAACACUCAGUACAUCAACCAAGCUGCUGGAGCUUCUUACCCACCCCAGGCGGGCGUGGCCAUGGACAUGUCGACCUAUCACAACCCUAGCAUGCCUCCUGUGUCCUAUCCUGUGGCUGCUCCACCUCACCAGGCUCCUCAGCAGCAGCAGGCCGUGUAUUAUCAACAGCCUCUGCUGUAAAACUCCAACUGACAGCAGACCUGACACGAAUUCACACCUCAGAUAUUUCAGUUGCUGGCUGUGUGUUCAUUUGGCUUACUGUGUGUGUGUGUGUGUGUGUGUGUGUGUGUGUGUGUGUG